AACAUUCAAACUCAUCUAUAGAUCCCUAACUCCAAAAAACCACAAGUCCAAACAAGGAAAAAAACGAAAAACAAAAAAAAGAAGGCACCAUGGUGAAGCUAAUUACCAACUUCUCGAUCGUGGCCAUCUUGCUCGUAGUGAUCAUCGCGAUCGCGAUGAAAGCCAGAGUUACCUCGGGUGACCCGUCAGCGAAGGAGAUCCUCUCUGAUGCUUACUACGAGACGUGCAAGAGUAAGGUUGGAAGGGAUUGCGGAGUAACGAUCGUGAGCGAGAUGUUCUUCCAGAACGCUACCACCGACGCUCCGUGUUGCAGGAAGGUGCUGACAAUGGGAAAGAACUGUCACGCUAAUAUGUUGGGGAAGAUUUUGCAACAGUCUCCGUUCAAAGAAAACAAGGCUCUUGCAUUGGACAGGAGUAGGGCAAUAUUGGCUAGAUGUUCUUCAAUGAAGAACUAAAUUCGGUCGAACCAACUACGAAUAAAUGGCGGAUAAAAAAAAAAAAAAA